AUGGCAUUCAUCUCCAAUAAUGGAUUGGAAAACUUGAAAAAAUAUAAAUAUGUAUCAGGAGGAUACUCUUAUCUAGAUAAUAAGAUUAAUCCAUUCUGGAUAUUUAUAAGUGAACUUUACCCUACUGUAAAUAUUAGAUAAUCAUUAUUAUAGUGGCUUGCUCCAAAUUUGAUUACAUUCAUUGGAUUCAUAACAAUGAUCCUAGCUUGUGUAUUUUAGGUUUUUGCUGAUAUGACAUUAACCCAAGAAAUACCAUCAUGGACAUUUUACUUUAUGGCAUUUGCUAUAUUUGCAUAUUAAACUCUUGAUGCAACAGAUGGAAAAUAAGCCAGAAGAACAUAAUCUUCAUCACCUUUAGGUUAGUUAUUUGAUCAUGGUUGUGAUUCAUUCAUAAUGCAAUUUUUUAUUAUUGGAGCUGCAUAAGCAACCUAGAUGGACAGAGACACAUUAUUUUAUUUUUAAUUCUUUUGUUAAAUAGGACUUUGGGCUAUUAAUUAAAAAGAAUAUUAUACUGGUGUUUUACAUACUCAUUUAGCUAAUUUUGGAGUAACAGAAUUAGAAUUAGUAGCUAUUUCAGUAUAAUUGGUAUAAUUACAUUAUAUAAAUUAGUUUUCUGCAAUCUUUGGAUAAAGUGCAUGGCAUAAUAAAAUAUUUGGAUUCAAUUUAUAUAAAAUAGUUACAACAACUAUAUUAAUAGCAGCAAUCAUAUCUGACAUUUUUUUAUUUUUCUCAAAUAUAUUCAAAUCUUAAAAAUCAUUUAGAGUAUUCAUUGAAUGGGUACCUUUGUUUGUGUUUUGGACAUUAUGUAAUAAUCAAUCAUAUGAAUUAGAAUUUGUUUGGUUUUCAUCUCCUAUAUAUAGUCAACUUGCUGGACCACUCUUGAUUAAUUUUGGAAUUAUUCUAUCAUCAAUUGUAUGUAAAACAAUUGUUUGUUCAACAACAAAAGUAAAUUAUUUUUGUUAUAAUUUAGGAUUAAACUCCAUUAUUCCAUUUAGAAAUGUUGCCUUUCAUUAUAAUUAGUUUAUUAACUUAUUUUGUUCCAUUAAGUUUGGAAAAUUUGAAAAUAUUGUUCUGGAUUUAAUUUAUUUCUACGAUUGUCCUAUCUCUCUUAUUUAUUAAGAAUGUUAUAAAUUAAAUAACUACAUAUCUUAAUAUUAGUUGUUUUACAAUCAAAAAGAAAGAAAAUUGA